AUGUUCGCCUUGGUAGUCGUAUCUGCUCUUCUUACUGUAACUUCUGUAAACGGUCAAUUUGAUGACAACAAGUGUAGAGAUGAAGGCAUGAUAUGUCACCUAAUGAAGAACAGAUGUGGCGACCCUAACAUGAAGAUGUUCUUGCACUCUACUUGUCGCAAGACUUGUAAUCUGUGCGAUGUUUGUGAAGAUUUGUCCUGGGCGUAAGUUGUAUUAUAUUACAGUAAAUACCUUUAUUGUACUAUCUUAUAAUAGCUUUGUUAUACUAUGAUAUAACCUUUAUAAAAGUUGAUUUAAUUGUAACUACUAAGGUCAGAGUUCAAGUAGCACACUAUGUCUUUUCUAACUUCAGGUGUGACAUGUACACUGAAAAUCAUUACUGUGAAAGUGUCAGGUUUUUUACUGGCAAGUACUGUAGAAAGAGCUGUGGAUUCUGCGACGGCGGCAAGGAUACCACCUUGUUAACACCUUCUGUUGAUACUACUACGACCGCUUCCAUUGACACAACCACUGACAGCAACUCUGACACGACCACUGGUAUUUACAGUACUUUUAACCCCGACACAACUACUAGUACUUACAUUACUGAUGUUACAACCGCAGAAUUGGAAACAACUACAACAACAGAAGAUGAUGUCACUUCAGGAACUGAAACUACUACUGUUACAGAUUUUGAUUCAGAAGUUACGACAUCAGAAUGA